CAAAUCUCACGUUCUGCUCCUCACUCUCCAUUUCAACAAUACUAGAGUUGUCUUUUUUGUUCUUACAUAUUAGUAUUUCGAGAAAAAAAAUAUGGGUUUUCCGGUGGGAUACACGGAUUUAUUCUUACCCAAAUUGCUAGUCUACUUACUUACCAUUCUAGGAUUCAUUAGAAAGUUCAUUUGCACGCUUUUCACCGUUUUUGGUCUCGGUGAUUUCCUUGAACCCGAAAUGUCGUUCCCGACCCGACCCGAAUCACACUCGGAGCUCCAUUCAGUGUCGGCGGCGUUGAUCCGGGAGCUACUACCGGUGGUGAAGUUCUCCGAGCUGGUUGACCCGCCGGAGAGCUGCGCAGUUUGCUUGUACGAGUUUGACGGAGAAGAUGAGAUCAGACGGUUGACGAAUUGCCGGCAUAUUUUCCACCGGAGCUGUUUGGACCGUUGGAUGGACCAUGAUCAGAAAACUUGUCCACUUUGCCGGACGCCGUUUAUUCCCGACGAUAUGCAAGAGAGUUUUAAUGAGAGAUUAUGGUUGGCUUCCGGCAUUUCUGAUUUUUACGGCGAGUAUUCUCCGGUCGCCGCCGGUUUGUAGCAUUUUUUGGGGGUAAAAUGAUUUGGAUUUGAUAGUGUAAAAUGUAUAUAACUACAAGAUUAAAAAAAAAAAAAAGAGGUGGGAAAAUGAUUACGGAGGAAAAGUGAAAAUGUUAUUGUAUAGUCUCUACAAUUUUGAGAAUAUGGAAUGAAGAUAAAUAGUUUAAAUUUUCAA